AUGGGGCCAGACCAGGCUGCGCCAGUUUCGCUCGACCUGGCGGGCUUCCAGGCGCUCAUAGCGCAGCCCCUGUUGCUGCAGGGCCCGUUACAAGCCGUGCUGGAGCUGCUGUUCGGUACGCUCAAGUCGCAGGCGGCAGCAAUUGGCGAGCUGCAGGGGCAGGUGGCCGGGCUGGACGGCCAGGCGGCGGCGCUCGCCGCCGCCGGUGCGGAUGCAGACGAGCGCGGCCAGGGCGCCGCGGCGGCGCUGCGCCAGCUGCAGUCGCGGCUGGAGGCGCACGAGGCGGCGGCAGCGCGGGAGCGGCGCGAGGCCAGCACCCGGCUGGAGGCGCUGGAGCGGCGGCUGCACGGCGCCAGCAACGUGGCUGGAAGGCAGGCGGCCCUGGAUGACAUAGCAUCCAUGCUGGGCGUGGCGGUGCCGGAGCCGGCGGUGCCCCUGGCCCCACAGGCCGAUCCGGCGGCCUGUGCGGUGGCUGCACCAUCCCCGCCGCCGCCUGCCUCCGCACACGUCUCUGCCGACGCCCUGGCAGAGCCCGACAGCUUUGCCCACCCUACCAACGGCAGGCGCAGCCAGAGCGGUGGCGCGGCUGUUGAUGCCGAAGGCACUGCCGGCCGUGGAGCACCAGCCGAAGGCUCGUACGUGGCCGUGGAGGCAGGGGCAGGCACGGAGGCAGACAGCGAGGGUGACAGCGCUGCGGCGGCGGAUCCAGAGGGUACAGAUCGGCAAGCGGGCUGGGAGGAGGAGGCCCCAGAGGCCGCAGAUGAGGCGGCGGCAGAGCACUGCAUUGCUGGGAGGGCCAAGCCUGCGACCGCAGGACAGGCACCACCCAGCCCCGCCUCCUCCCCAACCCGCCGCCUCAGCCAGCUGGGCAGGUCGCAGCAGGGCAGGCCGCGGGCGGCCUCGCUGCCGCUGGGCCCCGCAUCCGCCGCCGCCGGCGCUGCCGAGCCAGCGGGGCAGGCACCAGCUGCAGCGGCCGGUCAGGAGGAGGGCCUGGGCGGGUUUGGGGCCAGCGCAGCAGAAGGCGCGAGCGAGGCCUCACUGGCGCCACCCUUUGGAGGCUCGGCGCCGGUCACGGGCAGGCGCAAGACAGGCGAGCACGAGGCCUCUCGCAAGCUGCUGGAGGUGGUGGCACUGCUGCGCAAGCGCCCCAGCAUCCAGGAGACGGGCCUGCUGUGGCAGCUGCAGGCCUCGCUGCACGAGACGGCGGAGGAGCAGGAGCGGCUCAAGGGGGAGGUGAGGGCCCUGCAAGAGCAGCUGCAGGAGCAGCUGGCCUGCUCCGCCCGGCAGCUCGACGCGGUGCAGCCGCCGGCGGCCGGCGGCGGCAGCCUGCCCGCGGCGCCCGCUCCCUCUGGGGCUUCCAUAGAGGAGUUCAAGGUGCUGGAGGAUCGGGUGGAUGUGCUGGGCUGCGAGGCCCAGCAGGGCGCCCAGAGGCUGGUCCGCCUGGAGGGUCAGGUGCAGGAAAGCUCCAAGCGGCUGGCGCGGCUGGAGGACGCGGCAGAGGCGGGGCAGGCGGCCGCCAGCCUGGCGCGCGCAUCCUCCAGCGGUACCGCGGGCGACGCGCUGGCCGCCCUGCAGGGCCACCUGCUGGCGCAGCAGCAGAAGCUGCAGGCGCAUGCGGAUUCGCUGGCGGCGGGCAUCCGGCAGGGGCUGGCGGGCCAGGUGCACAACGCGGUGACGGGGGCGGUGGGCGAGGUGGGGCGCCGCCUGUCGGAGCGGCUGGCCACUCGGCAGGACCUGCAGGCGCUGUCCUACAAGGUGACGGGCAAGGUGUCUCGGGAGGAGGUGGAGCGCAUGCUGAGGGCGCACCGGGCGGCGGCUGCGGCGGCCGCGCAGACCGCGGUGGACCCUGCAUGGGCGGGCCCCGCCGCCGGCAUGAAGUUCAAGUGUAUCAGCUGCGAUGCCGACUUGCAGCCCUUCCUGUUUGCGGCUGCUGCCGGGGCGCUGGGCGGCGGCGGGCAGAACGGCGGUACCGCAGACCUGCGGUACUGCCAGCUCCCCGCCGCCUCCCCGCCGCGCAACCCGGGCCAGCCCUGGACGGCCGCCGUGGCGGGGGCCGCGGGGCCGGGCGCUCGCCCAGACUCGGCGGCUCCGCUGAGCGGCGGCAGCGGCGGCGACAGCUGUGGGCAGGCAGGCACGCACGUGCAGCCGCCUGCGCCGCAGCAGUCGGGGGUGCUCAGCUCCAGGCCAUCUACUGGUGCCUCGCGGCUAGGCGCCCCCGUCAGCUGGAUGCACCGCAUGCGGCGCGACACGGGCGGCAGCAGCCACGACGCCCCCGCCGGCGCAGCAGCCGCUGCCUUGGCAGCCACGCCGCCGGCGGGGUCGCGCCGCGAGAGCGUGAACAGCGCCGCCGAGCUGCAGCAGCAGCCCUCGCUGACGAGCGUGGCCCUGCGCAGGCCGCAGACCGCCUCUCCCGUGGGCGGCGGCACCCCUCGCCAGCCACAGCCACAGCCACAGCCACAGCCACAGCAGCAGCAGCAGCAGCAGCAGCAGCCGCAGCAGGAGGGUGAGCAGGCAGAGGGCAGCGACGACUUCUAUACUUCCAUCAGAGAGGAGCCUGCUGGCGCUGAGGCCGCAGCAGCAGAGGAGCCCUCCCGUGCCUCCCUGGCCAGCAGCGCCAGCAGCUGCGGCGGCGGCGGCAAGGGCGGAGCUCUGCCAGCCCUGGCCUCUCCCCCCGGCUGCAUCAAGGCCGCGCGGCCCGCCACCGCGGCGCUGCCCGCGGCAGGCGACUGGGAGCUGGCGCGGCUGGGCAACAAGCGCAAGACCACCGGCGCAGCCGGCGGGCUGGUGCACUAG